CUAUAACGACUACCAGUCGAAAACCGACCAAGCAACUGCGCGGGCGCAGACGCGCUCUAUCUAAUAUCCACAGUCUGCCCACAAUAUGCCGCGGUAAAUACCGCGCUCCUAUGGUUUACCGUUAACAUGUCGUAAAUACCAGUGCACACCGGACUUUGAUUACAUACUUAUUAAAACUGCUAAGAUACGUCGUAGUCGUGGCACCGAUAUCUAAGAAGCAUGGAGCCGGUCCUGCAGCAAAAAGCGGGACCGGUCUCCCUGGAAAAGGAAAUGCAUCCAAAGCUUCACACACAUUCAAUACAAGUGUCAAAGCCAGCAUGACUCCAACUGGCAGCAAAAUAUCAAGCAUCCCGUCAACAUCGUUCAGUAAAACUUAUAUAACACCAUCAAUCAGCACUCCAAAAAACAGCAAGGCUCCUUCUGGUUUUGGCAUAAUUUGGUUGCCAGGUAGAAGACACAAUAAGAAAAAGGACGUCGUAUGGAACCCACACAAUUACGAUGGAUCCAAAGAGAGAGCGCCAUCUAUGUACAGUUUCAUGUCUGGUGAUUCGCAAGCUUACAAGAAGAAAGAAGAGGAAAUCGACCUGUUAGCAUCGGACAAAAACAAAAGUCCGGUUGCAAUGAAUGUAGGCACUGUUGUGGCAGUAGCAGAUGCAGCUUCUGAUACCAAGGAACUUGAAAAUCCUGAAGACAAGCAGGGAUUCGCCAAAUAUGAAAGGACAGAAAGUAAAGAAGCUGCUGGUGAUACCAACAACGAUCAAGAUUCCAAUAGCAGUAAUAAAGACUACUUAGAAAACAAAGGAGGCACCAACACCUAUACUGAGCCUGCAGAAGGGAAAGGCACAGAUUAUGGAGAUAAAGUUGACAGUGUGUAUCUAAAACCUUCUUCACCAAGCAAGGCACGUUCCACAGCAUCUGCAGAGGAUGAUGACUGCGGUAUAAAAUGUCUUUAUUAUACAUUGCAGUGUUGUGAAUGUGUCCUUAUUUGAUUUGCCAUAUCUAAUGUUAAAAUACUCAACAUGCUCAUUACAUGCAUUUAGAAUUCAUUUGAUUUCACAUAAAGAAUUAGAGGAAAUCCAAUAAUAUACCAAUAUGUAUUGUGUAGUUUUAGGUAUUAAUCAAUUAUAUAUACUCAUACAAUAGUUUUUUCACAAAAUUAAUACCAUGGAUGCAAAAUGCUGAAUGAGAUCUUUAGUAAAUGUCAUGAAGGUUUAACAGUUUAUUGUAUUAUUGUUAUUAGUAUAAUUUACUUAAGUUACUUUAUUUAAGGAACAAAUGAUAUUAUUAUUAGAUCUGUUGUUAAGUCUAAUGGCACUUGCAAAUUGGGCGUACCUACAUACUUACAUUACAUUCUUGGCUCACUAUUACAAGGUCCAUAUUAAGUUUUACUUACGUUGCAAAAAUGUUGACCAAUAUUUCUUGGUCUUGAUCUUGGUAAGAAUUAGAAAAGAAUAAUUCAGAGUUCCUUUAUUGAUCUUUCAGGAUUACUGUAAACUUCCAUUGAAAAAUGUUAGAAUUAUGUGAUGUACAUAUACAACAAUUUGCACAUCAAAUAUAACAUAAAAUCUUGUAAAUGUGAGUUUUCUGUAGGCUAUGAAUGCUUACAACCUGAGUAAGGAGCAUUAGCAUCCUAACUCUAAACUAAUGCUAGUGCUAGUGGCACGCCGCCACAAAUGUAGCCACUUGUAACAACUGGCCUUUCCCAUAGAUUGGCAGGUUGAGUAUGUUCAAAAAGUAUAAAUGUUUGAGCUUGCAAACACAGAUUCACAAAAACACCUCAUCUGUGAAGUUCUCAAAUUAUUUGAAUUAAGUUGUAUCUGUUAUAUAGUAUCUUUAUCAACAAAUAAGUCAUAUUUUCCAAAAUUCAUUGCUCAAACUGGCACUUUUGUUUAUCCUAUAAUGCUAUAUUCAUAUACAUAUCUACCUUACCUUAAUAUUAUUAGCAUAAGAUUUGUUCUAAAAGUUAUGUUAGUUGAUUUCCCAUGGAUGUUUUUCUGUAUACCACUGUUUAUGAAAUACAUUCCAUGAUUUCUCCUGAUUAAUUGUGAUAGAGAAGUUAAUAUAUUUUUGUAUGAAGUAUCUUUACACUAUAUUUUAAUAUGGGAGGUUAAAUAUUUUUUAUACCUUUAUGUAUAUUGACACUUAUAAUUAAUAAUAACAUUUUGAAAUAUGUAAAAGCUAGAAACACCUAUGAAUUUCUCGUGAUUUAGUAUUACAGUCUCCUUAACUUUCAGAUUUAAUUGUGGUUAUUAUGAAGUGUCAAAAAUAUAUUUUGUAAGGGGUAAUCCCGGUUCCACAACAAGACAUUGUUACAAAUUACAAUAAUUUUGUUGAUUACUUUGCUAAGCUUACAAUAAUUUUGAACAGGGUGCUUUUUGAUUCCUAACAAUCUUUUCCAUUCUACCUUUUAUUAAUGUUAACUUGUACUUUAUUGUAAUACAUUUAUCAGGUAUAUAAUGUAACUUUACUAAUUAAGAUUUUUGACAAACUCAUUCAGGAGUUAUUUAUAAAACAUUUUUGUAUUAGGUACAAUUUUUGUACUAAAUAAAAUAUAAUUGAAAA